AAAGUGUUGUUUACGCCUACGCCAGAUUGAAGAUGGCCGCUGGAGACAACAGUGGCAGGCUUCCUUGCCUCGGUUUCUCGGGACCGGGGCCAUUAGGAAACAGUCAGCCAAGCAACAGCGUUUUCUCAAUGCCAGCAUCCAACGGGGGAGCGGCCGGUGGAGUCGGAGGAGUGCAGGGGACCGCGAGGCGUCCAAACCCGCAACUCGGGCCUGGCGGCGGAGACAGCAGCGGUGUUUCGAGCGGAGCGCAGCCGAAUGCGCAGAACUCCCAUCAGCACUCCGCUGCCGCAGCGGCCGGAGCCAUGGCCGUCCCCGCGUCUAACAUGGCCACGACCGCCGCGUCGAACGCCUCGCAUGCUACAGCUCCGACGGCCGCACCGGGUGCGGCGUCCGUGCUAGUGUACCGAGAGCCAGUGUAUAACUGGCAAGCAACGAAGAGCACGGUCAAGGAAAGAUUUGCGUUCCUCUUCAACAACGAGGUACUCAGCGACGUGCAUUUCUUAGUCGGCAAGGGAAUGGGCGUUCAGAGAAUACCGGCGCACAGGUUCGUUCUCGCUGUCGGGAGCGCCGUUUUUGAUGCGAUGUUUAACGGCGGGAUGGCGACCACAUCGACGGAAAUCGAGCUUCCGGACGUGGAACCAGCUGCUUUUCUGGCCCUGUUGAAGUUUCUGUACUCCGAUGAAGUACAGAUUGGGCCUGAAACUGUCAUGACCACACUGUACACAGCCAAAAAGUAUGCGGUUCCAGCCCUGGAAGCUCACUGCGUGGAAUUUCUCAAGAAGAACCUGAGAGCAGACAACGCUUUCAUGCUGCUCACUCAGGCUCGGUUGUUUGAUGAGCCACAGCUCGCCAGCCUUUGUUUAGAGAAUAUUGAUAAGAACACUGGAGAUGCUCUUGCUGCAGAAGGAUUCACAGACAUCGAUUUAGAUACAUUGGUUGCAGUUUUGGAGAGGGACACUCUGGGAGUGAGAGAGGUGCGAUUGUUCGGAGCUGCUGUGCGUUGGGCGGAGGCCGAAGCUCACCGACAGCAGCUGCAGUCCACGCCUGAAAACAAACGCAAAGUCCUGGGAAAAGCUCUCACUCUCAUUCGCUUCCCGCUCAUGACCAUUGAAGAGUUUGCUGCAGGUCCAGCCCAGUCCAAUAUUCUGACUGAUAGAGAGGUGGUGAGUCUCUUCCUCCACUUCACCGUGAACCCAAAGCCUCGCGUGGACUUCAUCGAUCGGCCGCGGUGCUGCCUCCGCGGGAAGGAGUGCAGCAUCACGCGCUUCGGACAAGUGGAGAGCCGCUGGGGAUAUAGUGGGACAAGCGACCGCAUACGGUUUUCUGUAAACAGAAGGAUAUUCAUAGUUGGAUUUGGACUUUAUGGCUCCAUACAUGGACCUACAGACUACCAAGUCAACAUACAGAUAAUUCACACAGACAGUAACACUGUACUGGGGCAGAAUGACACCGGCUUCAGUUGUGACGGCUCAGCAAACACCUUCAGAGUCAUGUUCAAAGAGCCGGUGGAAAUUCUGCCUAACGUCAACUACACAGCCUGUGCUACUCUUAAGGGUCCAGAUUCACAUUAUGGAACUAAAGGAAUGCGAAAGGUUACGCACGAGUCGUCAUCUACUGGCACAAAGACCUGCUUCACCUUCUGCUACGCAGCGGGCAACAAUAACGGCACUUCAGUAGAAGACGGACAGAUUCCUGAGGUCAUCUUCUACACAUAGUUUCCUCAGACUUCCCAGCAAUCUUCCAUCAAAUGUGACGGCAGCGCAAGGCCACGCCAAAGCAACCAGGCACCAGACUAAUCUGGCAGACUUCAUACUUCCAUGAAAUGCACUAUUAUUCCUGUUUAGCGAUAUCAGUCCCUCAAACGAGGCAAGACUGAAGACGGCCUCUGACUCGAGGAAGGAGGAGUCUCUCAGAUUAUUCACAGUAUUCGUGGUAUUGCUUUGGAUUGGCAGCAUAAAGCUUGACAAGGAAUUCUACUUAAAGAUAUAAUUAUUUGACUUCCUGUUCUCAGCCAGCAUUAGUCACAACUGUAUGAAUGUACAGCUAAUCAAAUUUGCCAAAACAACACCCUCAUUAGCUUUUGCAAACGACUAGAAUUUCACUCUUUGAUGUUAGUUUGAACUUCCGUAGGCGGACAGAGCUCAUAGGUUUUAGGGAAUCGUGGCAAAUGGAAACCAAAUGUCCUUCAUUUUAGGAAUAUGAAUAAGAUGAGCAAAAUUAACAUUUUCUGUUCUACAGUUCAGUCUGUGAUAAUCUCUUGUCUUUGCUUGGUAGUUGCCUAUACCCAAGAAACCUUGCACUUCUUGGCCUUGCAUUUGUGUAUUGCGUUGCUCAAUGAAUGCACACUAACUUUUGAGACAUUUUUCUUUGUAGCUUUGUUUUAAAAAGUGUGAUCGGAAGAGAUAUCCUCAAAGGUGCAGAAUUUAAAGGGGUCAUGUAUCACAGUGGCAUUUAUUACCAUUAUGUAUGUAACUUGAAAUAAUUAUCCAUUAAAAAUCAAAGAAAAUGC